AUGCGAAACAAAUUAGCUGCUUUCUUUUUCCAGAAAAAAAAAGUAUAUAUAUGUACAUGUAUACGUGAAUGUGCAUGUAUACAGGUAUGUAUACAUAUGCAUGUGUAUGUAUAUACAUUAUUCACAUAUAUACGUUACGAGAAAGGUCGCAUUAUGGAUGGUAAGGAAGGCCUUGUUAGUAAUAGCCAAUUAAACCACAGGAAAAUAUCUAGUAAAAAAAAUGCAAAUGAUAACGAUGAGAAUUGCACCAUCGAAGGAAGGAGAAGCAGCAAUCGAGAAGGGAAAGAAAAAGAGUCAUACGAUAGUAGUGAACAACAAAAUGGGAUAGAUGUAGAAAAGAUAACAGUAAGUACAAGAAGUAUUAUUCUAUUUCAAAUACUUUUAUUCUUCGUGUUCUUUUUCGUGCUAUUGAUUGGAUCAUUUAAUUUUAGUUUUAAGCUGUUCCAAGUGAGAGAAAAGCACUUGUAUGAGCUACUUAAUAAUAUAAAAGAUUUAACGUCGUGCAGACUUGAUGAUAUCUAUGCAGAGGUUAGAGAAGGUGAUAACACUUUCUUUUACAAAAGUCAAGAUAAAUUAAUCAACACAAAUAAUGACAUUUUUGAAGAAAAUGUAAAUUUCAAAUAUUAUUUCACAAGAGGGAAACAUUAUAAAAAGACAAAAAAAAAAAUGAAGAAAAAUAAUGGAGAUAUAAAAAUAUUCAUUUGUUUAAAUAAAAAAAAGAAAAGUUUUUACUUUAAUAAUUUUUAUGAUAUAUUUUCAAGAUGUAAGAAAUGUAUAUUCAAAAUUUUUAUUUUUUUUUUUAACGAAAUAAGAAAUGCUUUUUUUCUGAAAGAAUUUGAUGACUCCACUGACCCAGAAUCAAAUCAUCUAUUAAAUGAUGAUUAUGUAAAACAUAAUGCAGAAGUUAUUUCCAAAUAUAUAUACUUCAAUAAACAUCUGGAUAUCAGUAAUUCAUAUAAAAAAUAUUAUGUCAAUAUGGAAUACUUAUUUUACUUUUAUCUGAACAACAUAUGUUAUUAUCACGAUUUUGCAUAUUUUGGUGGAAGCGUACAAGGUGAGCAUAACAUCCAUAUCUUAAAUGAAGAGAAGACGGAAGAAUCAUUUCCAUUGGAUGAACGAGCGUAUGGUAAAAUUACAAGCUCGUUAUAUUCGAGAGAUAAAAGAGACAUCAUAAUGGUAAUCAAACAUAUUAGCAAAUAUUUAAAUGACGAAAUGUUACUUAAUUUAUUUCACAAAUUAUACUUUGACAUAUGUAUAGACGGCAAUGUUUUGUCGAAUUUAUCCAAAAGUGGAGAAGAAAGUAAUGAAAAAGAAAUUAACAAGAUAAAUAAUGAACAUAUUUUAAAAAACAUAAAAACGUAUGAAAAAUACUAUAAUGUGUAUCACAAAAUGGAGAAUAUGAAGAAUGUAAAUAGGUUUAACGAUUUUCUGAACAUAUUAAGAAAAAAAAUAAGAACAGUAACAAUUUUAAAAGGUUUAAAUAAAUGUUUAACAGAUUAUAUAAAAAAUUUAAAAAAAAUUCCAUUCUAUUUUUUUUUAGAUGAUUUUUUUGACACUCCAUGUUAUGUGUACAAUAAAUUAAUUAGCAAUAUCUUGCGGUACUAUUAUAAGGGAAUAUUUUUAUAUUUCAUAAUAUUCAUUGGAUGUAUUCAUGUAUUUUUUUCCCCCUUCCCAAUUACACUUGUACAUUUUCGUAGAUUUUUUAUUUAUUUUUUAAUAAUUAUGUAUCGUUUAUUUAUUUUAUACUUUAUUCCAUCCAUAAUUCAGUAUAUUAUUUAUAAAUUUCAUUAUUUUAAAGAUGAGGAAUAUAUGCACAUAUUUGAUUACUCAGAUCAUGUUAUUUUGUUUUCUACCCUCUUAUUUAUUACAUCAUUGGAAGCAAAAGCAAUUGAGUAUACCAUCAAAUAUCAAAAAGUGAGCUCAGAUUAUUUUCAUUUUAAAUAUAAUAGAAGAUUAUGCAUUUUCUUAUUGAAAUUAGUCUUGUAUUAUUAUUACAUACUUAUAUUUUUUUUCUUAUAUACUAGUUAUUUCACUUCUAAAUAUUUUCAUACCACAAAUGAAAUAUUUGUUGCAUAUUUCUUUUCUACGUUUUCCAUAUUUUUCAUCUUUUAUUUUUUUUUAUAUAAAAAUUAUUUUAGUUUUUAUAGUAUAGGAAUUACAUCCUAUAUGCAAAAAAAUAUUCUUCAUGCUCCAUCCCAUACCUUUCAUGCAUCUCCUUAUACCUACAACACAUAUAUAUCCAUGAGGGAUAAGUUCCCUUUGGAUUGA